UAAAGGAGAAAGCGCAACUUUUUUAGCGGCGGAAACUUUCCCCUCACGCUCUUCUGCGGAAGUUUAUCUCGAGCAAAGUCUGCGCGCAACAGGUGUCACUUCUUUCUAUAUGCGUGAAAGCUCCCGACUUAUUUUUGCUUGCGGGUGAAGAACAGAAACAAAAGGAAAGUGAUCAAAUAAAAUGUCUCACCUUAGACCCAGGCUCUGUGUGCUGGAGAAGUCGCCUACGGGUUAUGGGUUCCACCUGCACGCAGAGAAGGGCAGAACCGGGCAGUUCAUUCGGCUCGUGGAACCCGACUCCCCUGCCUCCGCGUCCGGGAUGCUCGCGAGAGACCGGCUGAUGCUCGUGAACGGGGAGAACGUGGAGGGCGAGAGCCAUCAGCAGGUGGUGGCGAGGAUACGGGCCACCACGGGAGCGCUGGAGCUUAUCGUAGCGGACCCCGAAACGGCGGAGCUGCUGAGCAAGCACGACCUGCGGUGCCGGAAGGAAUACGUGACGGAGGGCAUUCCCCUGCCCGGCGGGGACAGCGACUCGGAGCACGAGGACAAGCGGAGCAACGGCACCCCUGUCCCGCGCGAGAAUGGGGACACGUCCUCGGUGAGCUCGGGGAGUGUGAGCUCCAGCACAAAGGUUGAGAGGGACGGGCCGCGGCCUCGCCUCUGCCACAUGAAGAAGGGCUCCGGCGGCUAUGGCUUCAACCUGCACAGUGAGAAGAACAAGCCAGGCCAGUACAUCCGAGCCGUGGACGAUGACUCCCCAGCACAGAGAGCCGGCCUCCGACCGCAGGACAAGAUUAUCCAGGUCAACGGUGUGUCUGUGAUCGGCAUGCAGCACACAGAGGUGGUGGCGGCCAUCAAAGCCAACGGCGAUGAGACCACCCUGCUGGUGGUGGACGCCGAGGCCGAAGAGUUCUUCAAGAAGUGCAACGUCCAGCCCGGCGAGGAGCAUGUGACCGGACUGCUUCCUGAGCCGGUGUCAGAGAGAGGAUCGGACGAGGAGGUUUCCUCCCAGUUGAAGUCCAAACUGUCUGUGAGCUCCCAGGCUUCCAGUUCUUCAUCCAACGCCUCCCACCCAGCAGCAGAUCGCAGCUCAUCCCCGCCACAGGGCGAGAGGACUCCGGAACCGGAACCCGAGCCGACCCCGUCGGGUGACGCCAUGGGCCUGAACAUGUCUCUGGCCCAAGCCAAAGAACGAGCCCAUCAGAAGCGAGCCGCUAAGAAAGCUCCGCCUAUGGACUGGAGCAAGAGGAACGAACUGUUCAGCAACUUAUAAACUCCACGGGAGGGCUCUCUGCUGCCCUCCGGUGGAGAAUCCAGAGACAAUCAGCCUCUCGUUCUGCGCGCAUCUGACGGACGCAAACCAUCUUAAACCCACGUUUUAACAGUAUUAUGUCAUGAUUUUAUUGUUUUAAUUUAGAGAUUUGUCACUUUUGUUUGUUUCUUUCGGUGUUUUAAUGACGGCUGGAGAGCCAGCACCUCACGCAGAAAUGAAUGUAUAUAUUUUAUGAAGAGUAGAAGUAGUCGCGUUCAGUUUCUCAUGAGGAGAGCGAGGAAAAUACAAUUCAAAAUUUUAUGUGGGUGAAUCAACAUACAUUUCCUUCCAGUCAGUAACUGCUGGGACCUUCAUGUUUUAAUGUCUUGAUUGUUUUUGUUGUCCGUGUACAUACAUGAAUGAUGGGAUUAAAAGGAUCUUUUGGCCGAACUGUUGAGGUAAAAGUCUGAAAUGUUCCUGCUUAUUCUGUUGAUUCUGAUAAAAUCGGUUCCAUUUUUAAAGCUGCACCUGCUGGUCCAA